UGACGUUCUAUGUUGACGUCGCUAGCUGAUAUGAUGGGACGGUCCCGUUAUUCCGUUCAGCAAGCGAUGAAGCGCACGAGGAAAAACAUCGUCCGACACCUAAGGCGUUGUAUACUGUAUUAUACGGCAUGGAUAUGUUGCGUUUUCAUCCCGAACGCGUCCACGGGGUCUGCCGCUCACCUGCGUCAGUGUAAAGAGACGGACUACUACUUUCAGUACACGGAGUGUGACAGCACCGGGUCCAGAUGGAGGGUGGCCAUUCCUCUGAAUCCAGGAGAGUGUACAGGACUGCCAGACCCUGUGCAGGGCACUGAAUGCACAUUCUCGUGCAAGGCGGGGGAGUUUCUGGAGAUGUCUGCUCAGGAGUGCACACAGUGUGCGGCUGGCACUUACUCCCUGGGCAGCGGCCUACGUUUUGAUGAGUGGGACGACAUCCCUCCUGGAUUCAGCAGCCUAGCAACCUCCCCUGAUAACUCACCCAACCGACAGGAUGCAUCCACCUGCAGCAGUGCAAAGUGGGUUGUUCAGGGCUCGUAUCUGGAGUCCAACAGGGAUGAGUGUACUGUGUCUCUGAUCUACACUGUACACUUAAAGAAGCCGGGGUCUGUGUCCUUCGACUACCAGUAUGUGGAUAACAGCAUCUUCUUUGAAUUCUUUAUUCAGAACGACCAGUGUCAAGAGAUGGACCAGGAUUCAAAUAAAAAAUGGAUCAAACUGACUAGUCAUGGAGAGUGGGGCACACAUAGUGUUAAUCUGAAUUCUGGCACUAAUAUCCUGUACUGGAGAACUAGUAGAGUCACACUCGGCUCUAAAGCAGCCAAACCGGUACUCUUGAAGAACAUACAGAUAGAAGGGGUGGCGUACACAUCAGAGUGUUUUCCGUGUAAGCCUGGGACUUUCAGUCGCACCCCGGGUUCCUCCUCCUGUGAGCCCUGUCCACGGGACACAUACUCUGGCCGAGGGGCCAGCUCCUGCACCCCUUGCAACACAAAAACACACUACGCCUCAGAAGGUUCUGCCAUGUGCAAAAGUAAAUCUCCAUGCACAGAGAAAGACUAUAUCCAGACCUACAACACCUGUGAUAAGGAUGGAAAGACUCGGGUCAUAUAUAAGUGGGUAGAGCCUAAGAUUUGUUUGGAGACUGCUGCAGGUGCAGUAACACUGCCACCUUCUGGUCAGCGUGAGCCGUGUCCACCCUGUAAUCCCGGUUUCUAUAACAACGACACUGCCACCUGUUCUCCCUGCCCACCCGGGACUUACUCGGAUGGGGUCAAAGCUUGCCAGCCUUGUCCAUCUGGCACAGAACCUGUCCUCGGGUAUGAGUACAAGUGGUGGAACGUGCUGCCUGCCAACAUGAAGACAUCCUGCUUCAACGUGGCCAACAACAAUUGUGAUGGCUUGAAUGGUUGGGAAGUAGCGGGUGAUCACAUACAAUCAGGAGCAGGUCGUUCGGAUAAUGAUUAUCUCAUUUUAACUCUCAGAGUGCCUGGAUUCAAGUUGCCCGUGUCUGUUCAAGGAGCAUCCGGCAGUGAGUACGGCCGGAUCACUUUUGAGUUUGAAACCAGCUGCUCAGCUGACUGUGAGUUUUACUUUAUGACGGAUGUGAACAGAAGAAGCACAAAUGUAGUUGAAUCAUGGGAUGGGAGUAAAACCAAACAGAGUUACACACACAUCAUGACUGAAAACUCUUCUGUUGCGUUUACCUGGGCUUUCCAACGCACCAGUCAGGCUCGUGAUGUGCGUCAGUAUGUAAAUGACAUGGUGAAGAUUUACUCUGUGACUGUCACCAAUGCCAUGGACGGGGUGGCGUCAGCGUGUCGUGCCUGUGCCCUGCAGUCUCAGCAGGCCGGCUCCUCCUGUGUGCCAUGUCCAGCUGGACACUACAUUGAUAAAGAGACCAACCUGUGCCAAGAGUGCCCUCCCAACACCGUCCUGUCUGGGCACCACAUCUAUGGCAAAGAAACGUGCCAACCGUGUGGGCCGGGCAGCAAAAGCAACAAGGAGCACAGUGUGUGUUUUAGCGACUGUUCGUUCACAUACACUGACCAGAAUCGGACUCUUCAGUAUGACUUCAGUGCUCUGACGUCCGCUGGGUCCAUCAUGAACGGGCCCAGCUUCACUGCGAAAGGCACAAAAUACUAUCACCUCUUCAAUAUCAGCCUGUGUGGAGCUGAGGGUCACAAGGCUGCAGUCUGCAGAGAUAAUGUCACAGACCUGCCCAAUGAGGACGCUGAAGGUGGUCAGCUGGGCAGUUCAGUUGAGGCUUUUCUCUGUCAGUCAACGAUUAUUCCUUCAGAUGGCCGGGGCUUACGAACAGCCCUUUCCUCUCAGUCCAUUAGCCUGGCCGACACUUUUCAGGGAGCCACAGUGGAGAAAUCACUUAACGGAAUAACCACCAGACCAGAACUCUUUCCAUCUCCAUCCGAGAGAAUCCCAGAUGUCCACUUCUUCUAUCGGUACAGGCAAUCUACACAGGUCACAACCUCAUGUCAAAAAGGCAGAAAUGCAGUGGUUUCACUGCGCUGUAACCCGAAGAAAACAGCCAGGGGAGACAUAUCCAUGCCCAGUGAGUGCCCUGCUGGGACUUGUGAUGGCUGCACAUUCCACUUCCUGUGGGAGAGCUCCAGUGCAUGUCCACGCUGCACUAAUGUCGACUACCACGCCAUUGAAGGAGCCUGUAAGGGAGGAGUGCAGGACACAGUGUAUAUGUGGACUGAACCUCGGCUGUGUACUGGCGGACUGAUUCUCCCGCUGAAGAGAACGUCUCCAUGUGAGGCGAUUGAUUUCUGGCUGAAGGUGGGCGCUGGGCUUGGAGCGAUCUGUGCUGUUCUGCUUGUCUCCCUGACCUUCUACUUUUGGAAGAAAAACAAAAAGCUUGAGUAUAAGUAUUCCAAACUCGUGAUGACAGCCAAUAAAGAGUGCGAGCUGCCGGCGGCGGACAGCUGUGCCAUUAUGGAAGGAGAAGGGGAGGAGAAUGAGGAAGAGGAUGUGGUUUAUGCCAACAAGCCUUCUCUUCUGGCUAAGCUAAAGACUAUCGCCACCAAGGGCAACAAGAAGAGCAGUGAAGCCGUCCAACUGAAAUUCUCCAAUACAGAGAAGUCUGUGUGGGGAUAGAGGAAGAGUGAAGAGGGAUACGGAAAAGAAAGGGAUGCAUGGAAGUCUCUUUCUCUUCGAUAUCACACGCAGUGGCCUUUAAAAAAACAAGGGCACAAGUACCCGAGAAAGGAAUAGGGUUAAACAAGCUUUUGACACCUCAGGAACUUGGACGUACAUGCUCAUUGAAUAUUUCUGUCAAGAUUUGUCACUAUGCAGUUGUGUAUGUGUGUGUUUUCCUAUUGUAAAUGCAUGAAAAUUCCCUCCAUCGCCAGUGCCCGGGUUUCUCAAGAAGCUUUUUGGAGCGACAGCCACGACUUUACAUGAGUCUUGCUUGUCAGAGCGAAUGUAGCCAAGGGUCAGGGUGAACACACAAAUACACUCAGACGUUAAGCUUCACUGACAGGCGCUUCCAAUCCCAGCUAAACAGCACUGGAAAGCCAUGUAAAGUGUGUUGUGCUCAAGUAUGGCCAAAAUAGACUUUUCUUUUUUUUUUAACUUGAGUAACCUAUUUGACUGUGAUGGUGACAUUCCAAAUGAAAUAUGACAUGAAUAAAGUCUAUGAAUAAAGAGAUUACAGCAAAGCAGGAGUCAUUUUUUGUACAGCUAUUUUUAUGAUUUUUUUGACAUACCUCUGCGUCAUUCUGCUUGGCUUAUAGUAUUAAGACAAACACAGGAGAUUAGGAAGAAACUGUAUUCCUUCAGAACAGCGACGGCAGACUGAGGUGAUGAAACUUUUGCUAGAUUUGCCAUCUAAUUAAAGAACUUAAUGAACUGCCGGUGGGGUUUGAUUCAUUAAAUUUUUAGACCCCUCGACAUGAAAUCUGGGUAAACGAUCUGUUGAAUCCCAUAUUGAUUCUGGAUGAGGUAUAAACCUACAGUUACUGUGCCGCUGGGAUUUAGUUGUUUUGUUUGGUUCACUGUUACUCUGAAGUGUUAGAUGUAGGCAAUAUUAAUAAUUCUGUGAUUUUUCUCAUUUUGUGUGUGUUUAAAUGGAAAUUAAUCUGUAACUGUGUCCAACUGAUGUCAGUUAUUGAUAGAAUUUUUUAUUUUUUUUUGAUAUCAUGUAUAAUAAAUUAUUGUUUGCACUCUCAAAUGUGUUGAAUUUAAGAAAUUCAGAGACCUUGUUCAGAAAACUCCAACAUGGGAAUUUUUUUAUAACCUUAAACAUAAGUGAGAUUCUCCAAUCAGAGCAGUCAGCAGUAUUAUUUUAGUAUUAUAUAUAUACUAUUAUAUUAUGUAUUCAUAUUUUGAAUUGGCUUUUAAGUUUUCAUUUUCAUUUUAGUUAAUUUUGUUUUAUUUAUUUUAAUAUUUCUAUUUAGCUGUUAUUUCAGUUUUAGUUUUAAUAAUUUUAGUUUGUUUUAAUCAGCUUUAUAGCUGAUUUGAACUCAUUUCAUAAUUGAUGUACUUUACACAGUUAUUGAAUUCUGUUUGCGUCACUGAAUCAUUAUUGUCCUGUUUAUCACUGUAAAGUUGCUUUGAAACAAUCUGUAUUGUCUAAAGCGCUAUAUAAAUAAAGGUGAUUUGACUUAA